GUGGGGAAUAGAGAGACAGAAGGAGCAAAAGUCAUUGCUUUUUUCAUCCAUUGCUCCCUCGCUCCUUUGCCCCCAGCGACUCCAGGCUGAAAACAACAGAUAGGAUGCUGUUCCUCAGCUCCCUAUCCACUGUCUUCCUGCUGCUGCUUCUGUACCCCUCUGAGCUGCCUGCACAAGAGGUGAAAGUGCGGCUUGCGGGUACAGGCCGCCGCGAUGCCAACGAAGGGCGCUUGGAAGUGUUCUACAAUGGCGCCUGGGGAACUGUAUGUGACGACCAGGUGGAUCUGAACCUGGCUAAUGUGGUGUGCAGACAGCUGGGCUUUCAAAGCAGUUUGACUUGGGCACACAGUAGCAAGUUUGGUCAAGGACAAGGUAAAAUCUGGUUGGAUAAUGUGAACUGCAGAGGCCACGAGCGUUCGAUUGCAGAAUGCGGGUCCAAUGGUUGGGGAGUCCAUGACUGCACCCAUGCUGAGGACCUGGGGAUCAUUUGCACCCCAGGAAGAAGCCACGGCGGAGCCUCUUCCUCCUCCACACAUGAGCCAAGACAACCUAGACAGAGAACUCCACAGCAGCCAGCUACGCCACCAGUCUCAUCUUCCCUCAAUCGAGGCCACGAAAUCGCCCUCAACCGCAACCUGCCGUCUUCACGCCGCAACAGGAUCUCACCACAGGAGAACGGCCACGAGAUACAGAUCCCACGAAGAUAUAGAGGGCCAACAAAUUCGCAGCCAGCAGCCAGCACCACUGAAAGGCAGGAGGAGGAGACACCAAGGAGAGGACCACCUGCGCCGAGACGCCAGCCCGACAGACAGUCCAAUAGGCAGACGUAUUCCCCGCCCCAGCCGGACAGUGGGAACCAUAUCGAACCUGAUCCUGUUUAUCCCGACGUGGGACUGGAGUCGGAUACCCAGUACAUCCAGAGCGGUGAGAGUGUUCAGCUGGCCGAAGCCCGUCUCCGGCCUGUGCUGUCCGGCAGCCGCGGCGGUCUGGUGACCGAGGGAGUGCUGGAAGUGAAGCAUGCCGGGAAAUGGCGUCAUGUGUGUAGUAACGGCUGGGACCUCAGCAGCAGCCGCGUCGUCUGCGGCAUGUUGGGAUUCCCUUCUGCCGAGACCUUUGAUCAAAAUGCCUACAGGAAACUGUGGGACUCCAAAAUCGCAGAUCCAUCAUCCAGACUGAGGACACAGAUCACCAAGAAGGCCUACUGGGUGGAGAGAGUGCAGUGUCAGGGAGUGGAGGUCUCCUUGUCCCAGUGCCAGGCCCAGCUGGCUGUCCGCAGGAGAGACGGACCAUGCGCGGGGGGCAUGCACGCUGUCAUCCGUUGUGUACCUGGAGCACAGUUUGCACGCAACGGCCGAAGACAUUCAACACACACUAUGUCGACCAACGUGCGUCUCAAGGCAGGGCCUCGCCUUGGGGAGGGUCGUGUGGAGGUUCUGCAAGAGGGAAAGUGGGGCACCGUGGCUGACCACCUGUGGGACAUCACCGCCGCAAGCGUCGUCUGCAGAGAGCUGGGCUUUGGAUCAGCCAAGGAGGCCCUGACCAAGGCUCAACUAGGAGAGGGUACCGGUCCCAUCCACAUGAACAGUGUCCAGUGCACAGGCAGAGAGAGGUCCCUAACAGAAUGUCAAUCCAAACCGGUUCCCCUGUACACCGUCAAGCACAACCAGGAUGCGGCGGUUCGCUGCAAUGUCCCCAACACUGGCACGCAGGCCACUGUGAGACUUGCUGGAGGCAGAGACAAAGGCGAAGGUCGCGUGGAGGUGUUGAUAGAGGUCGGAGGAGUGAAGCGCUGGGGCUCGAUCUGCAGCGAGAACUGGGGCAUCAACGAGGCCAUGGUGGUGUGCCGACAGCUCGGCUUGGGUUUCGCCUCCAGAGCUCACCAGGAGACUUGGUACUGGCCGGGAUCCAGUGAUGCCAGUGAUGUGGUUCUAAGUGGAAGUCACUGUGUGGGCUCUGAGCUGUCCAUCCAGCAGUGUCGCAAAAACACACACGUUUACUGUCCCAGAGGAGGAGAUGGCAGAGCUGCUGGAGUCACCUGUGUGGAGACUGCUCCUGACCUGGUUGUGGAUGCCCAGCUGCUCCAGGAGUCAUCUUACUUGGAGGAUAGGCCUCUUCACCUGCUCACCUGUGCCAAUGAGGAGAAUUGCCUCUCCUCUUCUGCUGCCAGGAUGAACUGGCCUUACGGACACCGUCGUCUGCUGAGGUUCUCCACCCGUAUCAUGAACAAUGGCCGUGCUGAUUUCCAACCUCGGGCUUCCAGGGAGAAUUGGAUUUGGCAUCAGUGUCACAGGCACUACCACAGCAUUGAGGUGUUUACUCACUACGAUCUUCUGACCCUCAAUGGAACCAGAGUGGCUGAGGGGCACAAAGCCAGCUUCUGUCUGGAGGACACCUACUGCCCUGAUGGUCUCUACAAGCGGUAUUCCUGCUACAACAUGGGACAACAAGGCAUCUCAAUUGGCUGCUGGGAUACUUAUCGCCAUGACAUUGAUUGCCAGUGGAUUGACAUCACAGACAUACGACCUGGUGAAUAUGUCUUCCAGGUGGAGGUCAACCCGUCUUUGGAUAUGGCUGAAUCUGAUUUCAAGAACAAUGUGAUCCGCUGUCGGUGCAAAUAUGAUGGAGCACGCGCUUACAUGUUUGGAUGCCACGCAGGUGACGCUUACAGUGCUGAUGUCGAGGACUUGUUUGACCACCAGCGUGAGAUCACCAACAACUUCCUGUGAAUGGAUGAUGACACCAAUAUAGGGACAGAAGAACCAUUCAACUCCUCAGUACACCUCAACACAACAAGACAAAGAGGUUGAGAGACAAGAAAACAUGAGAGGGCGAGGGGGAUUUGGAAAGGAAAUCAUGAGAGGCAGUUCAAGUCAAGAUGAUUAAAGGAGAAAUGUUGAAAAGUAGAAAAAAAGGAAAGCGCGCAUCGGACCAAACGUUGACUAAUUUUCAUUUUCCAACCAAUUAAAACAAUUGAAUCCCAAAGGCUAAAACAUGACAACUACAUACAGACACGAAGGUCCCACAUUGACACAGGUGAUAUCUGUCUGCUUACAUUCACUUUCCAAUUGCAAAUGCUUUUUUUUUUUACUGUUACACCUGUGUGCUUUUUAAUUUUGAAUGAGAAUCAACAUUUUUAACUCCAUGGUGCUAUUUUGCCCUAUUUGAAUAAAUAUUGUAAUGUAUUGCACAUGUAUUGUCAUGUACAGUUUUAUAUUACCUCUCUGAAACAAUGUUAGGUCUCUAAUUUAUGCAGAUUUUAUUGUACUUUUGAGUUGGCAUUGUCCGUACAUGGCUGUGUUUUGUAUUGUUAAUUUUAUUCUGAGAGAUCAUUUACUUGUUUGUUCACCUGUUUAACAGUGGUAACAUCAGAUGAGACCUGGAGGCACCGCGGUAGUGCGCCAUAAUCAUUACUUAAAUGGUAGAGCAAGAAUAAACAUCAGAAUGACAAACA